ACUCAAUACACUUCGUCUAAAAGAAUUAGAAUAUAUAUAAAGAACCCUGCAUCCACAUCAGACCUUAUAUUUAUGACUUUUUUCAGGGCACCGAAUUUUGCAAUUAUAGCUGCUGCCACAGAAAAUUGGGGAAUUGGUAUCAACAAUGAAUUACCAUGGAAACAACUUCUUAAAACUGAUAUGAAAUAUUUUGAAAGAACGACUAAGCGAGUGUUACCUUUAAAUAGUGCUCUUACUACAAUUACACCUGAAUUGAAAGAAAGUAAUAUUCAAAAUGCAGUUAUUAUGGGACGUAAAACAUGGGACUCUAUUCCACCAAAAUAUCAACCUCUUAAAGAUCGAUUAAAUAUUGUAAUAUCUAAAAGUCUUAAGGAGUCAAAAGAUGUAAAUCAUAUUAUUUAUCCGUCUUUAGAUGAUGCAAUAUCAAAUCUUUCAAAUGCUUCCUCUGAAAUCUCAUCAAAAAUUUCAAGAAUAUUUGUAAUAGGAGGAGCACAAAUAUAUAAAGAAGCAAUUAAUUUACCAUAUUGUACAUAUAUUUUAUUAACGAGAGUAUAUAAAUAUUUUGAAUGCGAUACAUUUUUUCCUGAAAUAGAUGAACAAAUAUUUAGUUUGGCUUCUCAUGAAGAAUUAGAAGAAGUCGUUGGUGAACAAGUUCUAAAAGGACGUCAAACUGAAAAUGGAAUUGAAUUUGAAUUUUUGUUAUAUAAACGAAAGUUUUAUGAAGAAAAUAUAUUAUUUAACAUGUAGUAAUUAUAUAUUUUAAAGCCUAUCCAUGAAGUGAAGGCUAGGAAUAGAAAAGAUAAUCAAA